AACCCCACUUUCUCUCUCCUCUACUUUCUCUCUCCUCUACUUUCUCUCUCUUAUGGCCUCUUCCUCCGGGAGCUUAGACACCUCGGCGAACUCAUACCCCAACUUCACCUUCCCCUCCCACCCAUUCAUGACCACCUCCUUCUCCGACCUCCUGGCCUCCGGCGGAGACGACGCCGCCGGCGAACCCAUCCGCCGUGGGCUAUCGGAUCGCGUAGCCGAGCGCACCGGCUGGGGCGCCGGCGUCCCCAAGUUCAAGUCUCUCCCUCCUCCCUCUCUACCCAUUUCCCCGCCCUCUGUUUCCCCUUCUUCUUACUUCGCCAUCCCCGCCGGCCUCAGCCCCGCCGAGCUUCUCGACUCCCCUGUUCUCCUCAACUCCUCCAACAUUCUGCCGUCUCCAACCACCGGAACAUUUGCAGCUCACGCCUCCAAUUGGAAGACCACCAAUCAACAAAGCGUCAAACAAGAAGACAAAAACUUCUCAGAUUUCUCCUUCCAAACCCAAACAAGGCCUCCCACAUCAUCCCAAUCCUUAAUCUUCCAAUCUUCAAACUCCUCAUCUCAAGCUGCAUGGAAUAAUUAUCAGGAACCGACCAAGCAAGACGUAAAACCCGAAUUCGCAAACAAAAGCAACGAUUUCCAAACGGAGUACAACAAUUACCCUCUGCAGAGUCACCAGUCCUUAAGCAGGAGAUCGGACGAUGGGUACAACUGGAGAAAAUACGGUCAGAAACAGGUGAAGGGAAGCGAAAACCCGAGGAGUUAUUACAAGUGCACGUACCCGAAUUGCCCAACUAAGAAGAAAGUGGAGAGAGCGUUGGACGGGCAAAUCACUGAGAUUGUUUACAAGGGAAGUCACAACCAUCCCAAGCCUCAGUCGACGAGGAGGUCGUCUUCUUCAUCGUCGGCGAUUCAGAGUUCUACCAAUGAAAUCGUCUCGGAUCAAUCGUAUGUCUGCUCGCAAGGAAACGGGCAAGUGGAUUCUUGCGUUGCCACGCCGGAGAACUCAUCCAUAUCGGUCGGGGAUGAUGAGUUUGAGCAGAGCUCUCAGAAGAGCAAAUCUGGUGGGGAUGAGUUUGAUGAGGAUGAGCCUGAUGCCAAAAGAUGGAAAAGAGAAGGUGAAAACGAAGGAAUUUCGGCACCUGGGAGUAGAACAGUGAGAGAACCGAGAGUUGUGGUUCAAACAACUAGUGAUAUCGAUAUACUAGAUGAUGGGUACCGAUGGAGGAAAUACGGGCAGAAAGUGGUCAAAGGAAAUCCAAAUCCGAGAAGCUACUACAAGUGCACAAACCCGGGAUGUCCAGUGAGGAAACAUGUUGAGCGAGCUUCCCAUGAUCUAAGAGCAGUGAUCACCACCUACGAAGGGAAGCACAACCACGACGUCCCCGCAGCCCGCGGCAGCAGCAGCGUCAAUAGGCCUUUGCCAAACAACCCCGCCACCACCACAAACAACAAUGCAGUGACAGCAAUAAGGCCCUCGGCCAUGGCUCACAACAACAACACUACUACUAACAUGCAUCACCAUUCGUCUAACAACCACCCUCUUCAGAGUCUGCGGCUACAGAGCUCCGAAGGGCAAAUGCCCUUCACCUUGGAGAUGCUGCAAGGCCCGGCCGGGAGUUUCGGGUUCAAUGCAGGGUUUGGAAACUCCACGAGCUCUUACAUGACUCAGUCUCAGCUCACUGAAAGUGUCUACUCCAAAACCAAAGAAGAACCGAGGGAUGACAAUUCGUUCCUUGAUUCUUUGCUAUGCUGAAGAAGGUCACAACUUACAAUCAGAAAUAAUAAGCAGCAGCAGAAGAAGAAAUUCAGGUGGAUUCUAUUCAUUGGAUUUUGUUUGUUAUAUGUGUAUGUAUAUUUUUUUUUGUUCUUUAAAUUACAAGGAUUGGUUUGUGUGUAUCAAUCAUCCAACAAUGUAUGGUAUAGUCUAUAGGGGUUUGCUAUAACUAAUUUUAUUUUAUUUUAUUGUUUUGAGGCUUUUCUGGACUCCUACUAGGAGAGCCUCAAUUCAUCUUUUUUGUAUCACACGUGAGUAAAGAAUAUUUUUUUCUUUUUU